GGGGCGCAUACUGGUUUCAAAGUCCAACUAAUGCAGUGCGUAAUAAUGAAGAGCUCAAAGGAAGCCGUUCAGACAGCAGCUAAAGAGUUUUUGCAGUUUGUAAACAGAGGGGUAUCUCCAUAUCACGUGGUGGAAGAAUGUCGAAAACGUCUACUGGCGGCGGGAUUUGUGGAACUGAAGGAGACAGAAAAGUGGGAUGUUCAGCCAACUAAGAAAUACUUUGUGACACGAAACUUUUCCAGUGUCAUCGCCUUUGCGAUUGGUGGGCGUUACUCUCCUGGAAAUGGCUUCUCCAUGGUUGGAGCCCAUACAGACAGCCCCUGUCUCAGGGUGAAGCCAAGGUCGAAGAGGACAAAGCAAGGAUGCCUCCAGGUUGGUGUGGAGUGCUACGGCGGAGGAAUCUGGAACACCUGGUUUGACCGUGACCUUACUGUUGCGGGCCGUGUCAUGGUUAAGGGAGAUGGCAAACUGCUCCAUCGGCUGGUGCAUGUGCCACGACCUGUGCUGAGGAUCCCUCACCUGGCUAUCCACCUACAGAGGGACAUCAAUGACUCCUUUGGGCCCAACAAGGAGAACCACCUAGUGCCCAUUCUGGCCACCGCCGUCCAGGAAGAGCUGGAGACAGGUAAUGCGUCUUCAGGCGACGCCUGUGGCGCUGCCAGCACGGCUGACAAGCACCACCCAGCACUGGUGAAGCUUUUAUGUUGGGAGCUCCAAGUUGAGCCUGAAACGCUUCUUGACUUUGAGCUCUGUCUUGUUGACACUCAGCCAGGGGCAUUAGGAGGCGCGUAUGAAGAGUUCAUUUACUCUCCUCGCUUGGACAACCUCCACAGUUGCUACUGUGCCCUGCAGGCGCUGAUCGAGUCCUGCUCGGGAGAUUCUCUGGCCCAAGAUCCCAACAUCCGCAUGGUGACGCUGUUCGACAAUGAAGAGGUGGGCUCUGUGAGUGCCCAGGGGGCACAGUCCAACCUUACCGAACUCAUCCUCAGCCGCCUGGCCAGCUCUCCGUCCAACCCCACCGCCUUCCAGCAGGCGGCGCCACUAUCCUUCAUGAUAAGCGCCGACAUGGCACAUGCUGUGCACCCUAACUACCAGGAGAAGCAUGAGGAGAACCAUCGGCCAGCUUUCCACAAGGGUCCAGUGAUCAAAUUUAACAGCAACCAGCGCUACGCCACAACUGCUGUGACUGCUGCCGUUGUCCGCGAGAUCGCCAGUCAGGCAGGCGUUCCUCUUCAGGACGUUCUGGUGCGUAAUGACAGCACGUGCGGAAGCACCAUCGGACCCAUCCUUUCCGCUCAGUUAGGUGUCCCCGUGGUGGACAUCGGUGCUCCCCAGCUCUCCAUGCACUCCAUCCGGGAGAUGUGCUGUACCUCCAGCGUGUUGCAAAGCACCACGCUCUUUAAGGCUUUCUUCGAGUUGUUUCCUCGUGUGAGGAGGUCACUGGUGGUGGAUUAG